CUUCUUUCUAAGGUUUUGUCCAACAAAAUGCCUCUACACAAGUAUCCACCAAAAAUCUGGGAAGCCUUGAAGCUGCAGACGGGCAUCUAUUCCCGUCUACCCCAGCACUACAUGCGCUCUGUGCAGGACACCACCCCUGCUACUCCAGUGCACUGGAAACCUCUGGGUGUCAAAUACAUUGUCAAUCCUAAAUCUGGACACAGAGAGCGAGUCCAGGAUGUGCCUAUCCCAGUUUAUUAUCCGCCAGAAUCACAGGAUGGACUCUGGGGUGGAGAAGGCUGGAUAUCUGGCUUUAGAUAUGCCAAAGGUGACAAGCUCUCUACAAGACUGCGCAAAACCUGGAAGCCCCAGUUGUUUAACAGAGAGCUGUACAGUGAGAUCCUCGACCAAAAGUUCACUGUAACCGUCACAUCUCGCACACUGGACCUCAUUGAUGCCGCUUAUGGCUUCGACUUCUACAUUCUGAAGACCCCAAAGCAAGAUUUGAACUCCAAGUUUGGAAUGGAUCUAAAGCGUGCGAUGCUUUUACGUCUGGCGCGGAAAGACACGGAUCUGUUUCCCGAUGACCCGUCUCGCAGGGAGAAAAUCUACAACCGCUACAAGCAGCAGUUUGAGAUCGCAGAGGAAGAGGCUGAAUGGGUGGGUUUGAGUCUGGAGGAAGCAGUUGAGAAACAGAGACUUCUGGAAAAGAAGGAUCCAGAGCCUCUUCACAAGAGUUUGGUGAAGCAGUUUGUGGAGGAGCUCACCAUUAAGAAGCUCUCAGAGCCUCAGAUAGUGGAGAAAAAAUGAUGAGGGUUCUCUUCUCUGCCAUUCUCUAUGUCUGUCAUACAGUCUGAAGAAUAAACAAUAAUGUAUUUAUUUUCUAUUAACAUCUCUAACAACUAUGCGCUUGUCUUCUGUAAAUAUGCCAUUUAUACUUAGUAAUAAAUUGAUUUGCCAAUCUGA